AUGUCCUGUAAUUGUUUCUGUUGUGAUGGUUUGGCCGAUUUCUUGUAUUUCGAGCUUGUCAAUGAAACAGACGAGAUGGAAGAUGACGAAGUGGUUGGUCUGACACCGAAUUUUGACACCGACGCAGACAGAGGACUAGUUAAUGGGGUCAUGACCGACGACGUAGGAGAUCCAGAUCCGUUUCUUGGGUUUCUGGCCUUUGUUGUCGUAGCAAUGGCAGCUGCCGACGAGAAAGACGGCGAGUUGUACUUUCUUUCGGGAACGUUCCGAGAAGAUAUGGCAGCAGCAGCGGCUGCUGUGGCCAUCUGUGUCGUCGACAGUGUCUUUUUCAGCUUGUGGGCUGGUUUUGGAGGAACCUUGAUGGCCUUUGGUCUGGGUUUUACGGUCUUCCUGGUUGCUGAUGGGAUCUCUUCCUCUUUGAAGAUUAGCGAAGAGGCCCGUUUUGGAGUCGAUGGUUGCUGGACAAACUUUGGCGCACGCUUGAUACCCAGUCCAGUAAAAUUUGAAUCGUUGGGCGAGUCAACCAGUUCCAAUUUGAUAUAUUGGUUCAAAUAUUCAUCAAUAUGGGCAGACUCCUCAAAGGAAGGUUCACUGGUGACGAAAUCCUCCAAAUAA